AGCAGCGCUCUCGUACACACACGUGCUGCCCCGUUGCCAUGGCGGACCUACAGAUGAAGCUGCUGCGGAAGAAAAUUCUGAAAAGAAAUGAGAAGAACAAGGAGCGCAAAGUUAUCCGGGAGCAGAUAGAGGGUGAAAAGUCAGUCAACUCUAACGGACUGGAGGAGAAGCCGAAGAAGCAGCAGAAGAAGAAAUGGAUCGCGGUCCCACUGGAAGUGGCCCCGGAAGAGGAAACUCCUCUGAAAAAGAAGACUAAGAAGAAACGGAAGCUGGCUGACGCUGCGGAGUCACCAGUUGAGAAGAAGACCAAAACAGUGGAGGAAGAGGAGGGAGACACUCUGGAGGAUGGAGAAGAGAAAGGCCGUAAACCAGAGGAAGAUGACGAUGAAAAGAAGGAGCAGGAGGAGGACCACAACAGUGAAGAGGAAGAUGAAGAACAGCCUGAGUUACCAUCUGGUUUAACAGGAGCAUUUGAGGACACGUCCUUCUCCUCUCUGUCUGAGCUGGUGAGUGAGAACACGCUGAAAGCCGUGAGGGAGAUGGGCUUCGAACACAUGACUGAGAUCCAGCACAAAAGUAUCCGCCCCCUGCUGGAGGGAAGGGAUGUUCUGGCUGCUGCCAAGACGGGGAGCGGUAAAACCUUAGCCUUCCUCAUCCCGUCGAUAGAGCUCAUCUAUAAACUCAAGUUCAUGCCCAGGAACGGCACCGGCGUGGUGAUCCUCUCCCCCACGCGCGAGUUGGCGAUGCAGACGUACGGCGUGCUGAAGGAGCUGAUGGUGCACCACGUGCACACCUUUGGUCUGACCAUGGGAGGCAGCAACCGCUCGGCGGAGGCCCAGAGGCUCGCCAACGGGGUCAACAUCGUGGUGGCCACGCCCGGCCGUCUGCUGGACCACCUGCAGAACACUCCUGGGUUCAUGUACAAGAACCUCCAGUGUCUGAUUAUCGACGAGGCCGACCGGAUCUUAGAAGUGGGCUUUGAGGAGGAGCUGAAGCAGAUCAUCAAGCUGCUGCCAAAGAAGAGGCAGGCCAUGCUGUUCUCGGCCACGCAGACCCGUAAGGUGGAGGAUCUGGCUCGCAUCUCCCUCAAGAAGGAGCCGCUGUACGUCGGCGUGGACGACGACAAGGACCACGCCACCGUCGACGGCCUGGAGCAGGGUUACGUGGUGUGUCCGUCGGAGAAGCGCUUCCUGCUGCUCUUCACCUUCCUGAAGAAGAACCGCAAGAAGAAGAUCAUGGUGUUCUUCGCCUCCUGUAUGUCUGUGAAGUUCCACUACGAGCUCCUCAACUACAUCGACCUGCCCGUCAUGGCCAUCCAUGGCAAGCAGAAGCAGACCAAGCGCACGACCACCUUCUUCCAGUUCUGCAACGCCGACACGGGCAUCCUGCUGUGUACCGACGUGGCGGCCCGAGGCCUGGACAUCCCCGAGGUGGACUGGAUCGUCCAGUACGACCCCCCAGAUGACCCCAAGGAGUACAUCCACCGGGUGGGCCGGACGGCCAGAGGCAUCAACGGCCGCGGCCACGCGCUCCUCAUCCUGCGGCCGGAGGAGCUCGGCUUCCUGCGCUUCCUCAAGCAGGCCAAGGUCCCACUGAGUGAGUUUGACUUCUCCUGGAGUAAAAUCUCCGAUAUCCAGUCCCAGAUGGAGAAGCUGAUUGAGAAGAAUUACUACCUCCACAAGUCGGCCCAGGAGGCCUACAAGUCGUACGUGAGGGCGUACGACUCGCACUCGCUCAAACAGAUCUACAACGUCAACACCCUCAACCUCCCCAUGGUGGCGCUGUCGUUCGGCUUCAAAGUGCCGCCCUACGUGGACCUGAGCGUUCACUCCGGUAGAGGUGGGAAGCUCCAGAAGCGAGGCGGCGGGGGAGGCUUUGGAUACCAGAAGGCCAACUACGGGAAAUCCAGGAUCUUUAAGCACGUCAACAAAGGAAAGGGGGACGCGAGGCAGUUCUCCCGCUGAGCCCCCCCCCCCCCCAGAGAACUCUCUUGUCUACCUGAAGACCUUUUAUCUGAUGAACCUUGCUUUGCUCGCUGCUCUCCGACAUGUGGAGAGCAUUUUGUAAAUGUACACGUGGUGUGUGUGUGGGGGGGGUCCCUCCCGUGCUCCGCUGUGGACUCACUUUGCUAACAUGACCUCAUGUUACCUGUCUGGAAUAUAAAAUCUGUCGACUUUC